AGUCGGGGAGCUGAAUAGGAUUUCGCUAUGUUCUCUUGCAGUGAAAUCACAAAAUAAACAGAGCAAUAAGAAGUCGGUACUAGGAAAGGCUUUCCCUGGACGAUCCGAAUUUAGCUGUGCGAGCAUCGAACCCCGAUGGAGCUCUCCAAGGUCUCAUUUCUGGGCCCGAAAGCGUCCUUCUCCCACCAGGCAGCUGUAGAGGCGUUUGGAGAUCCGGUGCAAUUAACCCCGUGUUUGACGUUUGCAGACGCCUUCGCGGCAGUCCAACAAGGACAGUCGGACUAUGCAAUAAUCCCUGUCGAAAACUCGAGCAACGGAUCCGUCGUGCAGACCCUCGAUCUUCUAGCAGAUCGGAAUGAAAUUUACGGCGAUGUCGAAGUAUGUGCGGAACAUUACCUGACAGUCCAUCACUGCUUCAUGGUUCGAAAGGACACAUUACCAGCAUACAGCUCGAUAACCAAGCUAUACACACAUCCGCAGGCCUGGGGGCAAUGCGAAACUUUCCUCAGCAAAAACUUCAAGGGGGUGGAGCGACAAGAUGUCUCUUCAACCUCAAAGGCCGCUGAAAUUGUUUCGAAGGAGACCACAGAAUGCAGUGGCGCCAUCGCCAGCCGCUUUGCGGCGGAAUACCAUGGCGUGGAUAUUCUGGCAGAGAACAUCGAGGAUAAAGCCGAUAACACAACACGAUUCUUGAUAUUGAGGAAUGUGCAUUCGGAGCGCUUAGCCCGAUUGACUUUUGAGGACGCAAUUCCAUCCAAGCCUUCAUCGACUGCUUUGAAGACUCUGAUUUUGUUCACAGUCGACCAUGAUUCACCCGGGGCGCUGGCAGACGCCUUGUCAGUUUUCAAAGAUCAUGGACUGAACUUAACGAGCAUAAACACGCGUCCGAGCCAAAAGCGAGCUUGGCAAUAUGUGUUUUUCGUGGAGUGUGCUAGAGUCCCUACGCCGCAGAACCAAGAAGCUGUCACUCGAAUUCUACAAAGCUUGCCGCAGGUGACCGAGAGUUGCAAAUACCUGGGAACUUGGAAAGAUAGACUCUGAUCCAUUUGUUCACAUAUAACUGAUAUGUAUAUAUACGUACAAGAGCUGCUAUUUUUGGAUAUGAGUUCGAAAGCAGCAAAUACUGCUGAACAACAAGAUACCACUUUGCGAUCAAC